UGCCCGAGGGUGUACUGCAUCAGCUGCGUAGCAGACGCUCCUGCAAGGGCUGCUAUGCAGAACGUCAUGCAAUUUAACGGGUAUUUCGGCUGCUCAUGGUGCCUUCACCCUGGAGUCAACAUCAAUGGAUACGUUAAGUACACCGUUAGCGGAGGAGUAAGGCAAGACCGCAGCGAGCGUGGGAUGAUCCAGGACAUGUCGACAGCAGCAGAAACGCAGCGCAUCGUCUGCGGGGUGAAAGGGCCAUCGCCACUGCUCAAUGUGCCAGGGUUUGACAUCGUUGGGAGCUUUAACCCCGACUAUAUGCAUUGUGCGUUACUCGGGGUUGCUCGCCAAUUUGCCGAACCCUGGUUCGCAGGAGUUGGAGAAGAGUAUUAUAUUGGCGAUCCGACGAAUCAGUCUAUUGUCAACGAGUGGCUAUGUGGCCUCAAACCACCGCAAUGCAUCAACAGACCUCCACAAGCAUUGAAGCUUAGGAGAUACUGGAAAGCCGCCGAAUGGCAGUGUUGGGUUUUUUAUUACUGCUUGCCGUUUUAA